UUUUUAUCGCCUCCAUAGCUUUUAUAUUCUUGUAGGACCCCACAGUUUCUAUUAUUCAUUUUUUCUUCCCUGACUCGUCAAGAUCAAAAGAAACUCAAUACAAACCCUCCUACAGGACACCACCCCCUUCAGGAAUCUCUCUUGAGUCUGCCAAAAAUUCAAUGGAAGAUUACAACAGAUCAAGGUCAUAUGCUAAUGGGAUGAUGCAGCUGGCAGCCUACCAUGGACCACCUAGGCCUUCAGCUUCUUAUGAUCUCAGGUGCUAUAGUGCUUCCUAUGCACAGUCCCAGAUGGCUAACAACUAUAACACAGAAAACAACAGGGACUGCAAGUUGAAGAAAGGGAAGAGUACUUCUGGCUCAUCUUCUUCAAAGUCAUGGAGCUUUUCUGACCCUGAGUUCCAGAGGAAGAAAAGGGUUGCUAGCUACAAGAUGUAUAGUGUAGAAGGUAAGGUCAAAGGGUCCUUGAGGAGGAGCUUCAGGUGGCUUAAAGAUAAGUACACACAAGUUGUCUAUGGGUGGUGGUGAUUAUGGCAGUUGGGCCCUUGUUUCUUGUUGCUCCUCUUUAUGUUUUUCUUGCUUGAAUUCAAGGUAUGUGUGAAAAAAGUUUAAAUUUUUGUGUUAAAGAGAAAAUUUUUGAUAAAAUUGUUGAUGUGGUUGGCCACAUGUGGACUAGCUUGAUUGUAAAUUCGGUUACUGCUGUUCUAUUACCUAGAACAAGUUUUCUGGGUGUAUAUUUAAGUGUUAAAUCCUUUCAAAUUUUUGGUGGUCUUAUGAUCAAGAGGCGUUGACCACCUGAUUUCCUGGGCUUUCUCACAGUCUUAUUCUAUAAAUCGUUGAUUAUUUCACCAGUUUGUUAACGAAAAUGAAUGGGUUCAAUUCGGUAAUUGACAAUAAUAACUGUCUUUAUUCCCUAGGAAAAGGAGUUUUUCUUUUUUUUGGUAGCUUUGAGGAUAGCCUUCUUCCGCAAAUACGCAGCUCUUGUUGAAGGAACUUUUGUCAUCUUAUUGUGUUAAGGGUAUGCAUUUGAUGCUUGAUUGUUCUAGAGAAUAAACCUACUGUCAGAACCAUAUUUGAUCAUUUUGAACUCAUAGGUCUUUUCUGGUAUUAUGAAAUUAUGAGUUGCAGCAUAUCUAUGCAUGGACUAUAUGGUUUCUGGUUACAUUUUCUUUAUGAAUUGACUUUUAGACCUUUGCUACUAAGCAAUAAAGUUGUAUUGAUCCUCUAAAGGGUGCAGCGUUUAUAACUUAAUCACUUUUUCCUGGGUGUAACUGAUGUGCAAUCUUUGUACCUAGGAAAUGCUGAUCAGGUGCCUUGCAAUUGCAUUAUUUAUUUCCUAGUUAGUGUCUUUUCCUGCAAUUAUUUAUUAAUUUGGAAGAUAACAUUUAGGGGAUUAACCUGCUUAUCUUUGCCCUUUUAUCGGUCUCAGUCGUAAUAUCCACGUAAUUUUCCUUGUGAAAUUUCCUUCUCACGCUUAAGUAGUGCAUAGGGAUAUGCCAUCCAUCUCAGCAGUGUUUCAUAAAUUUUUCUACCAUGGUAGUUGAGGACCACUUUUGAGUUCUAUCUUGUGAUAGAUUCUAUGCCAACUUAUGUACUUCAAACCUCAUAGUAUUAACUUAUUUUUACAGUUUAAUGUUCUCUUGUUUCAGAAAGCCCUUUAGUACAUAUUUAAUUUCUUCUGGUUCAUGAUUUGAGAAACAAGUUGCAUAAAGUAAGAUUGCAUUAUAUAUGUCAUGUAUCAUGGUUCCUUGUUUGCCUUGGACUUUAAUGUUUUAAAGCCUUCUUCAGUUGAUUAACAAUGACCCUAACUUUAGGCCAUCUCUAGCUGAUACUCACAACCAGCAUUUGUUCCUUAUAGGACUAAUAAGUGGUCGAUUUUACCUUACCAAGAUGUCUUUGUUUAUAUUGCUUUGUAAACUAGGUAUCCGGAUUUACAGAAUUAGAACGUUAGCAUAUAAUUUGAAGACAUAUUUGAGGAAGAAAAAGGAAAUAUGGCAGUGCUUGUUUUCUGAUGCCUUACAUCUCUUUUUAAACUUGUAUUUAUCUUCUUCUUUCUCUACGUUCCUCCAUUUGCUAUAUCACUUCAUUUUAGCUUAUUCAUUCUGAAGCCAUUAACAGCACAUUAUAGCGAAAUUGGAUAUGAGCUACCUUUCAGGGGAGUUUGGAAUGCCAUUGAAAUGAAAAUCUCAAUGGAAGGAGUGACAUACUGGGAUGUCAUUUUCAUUAAUUUGCUUGCUGUAGUUAUGGUGAAGUCAUUUCACUACAAAGUCAGCUCUUCUGCAAUACUUUAUUAGUUUUUACUCGAAGUAAAGCCAUCACAAAUGUCAUCUUUUGGUACAUAUCUUGAUCUUAUCACUCUGGGGUGUUCUUAAGUUGUCAGAUCAUGACUCAGGCAUUACAUCCUCUCAGGAGUUCGGGUUUCUCAAUAGAUCCUUGUGGCAUAUCUUUGAAUUUGUGUUUCCAAUUAUCAUGGUGUGGGAUGGCAGUUUCCUUUUCUUUUAAAAUAAAGAAACAAAAAAAAACUGAUUAGUGAUUCCUGUGUUAGUUACUUUCACAGUUGUGAAGCAUAAUUGCUUCAGUCAAUCAAGAUCACCCCUUUUUUUCUCUCUCAUAAUCCUCUUUACAAUAUAGACAUUAGCCAUUGGCGUGAAUCAUGCAGAUUGUCAUUAUUCAUCAUGAGUGCAUUAAAGCAUUAGCAAUUGGCAUUAUCGAAUGCGCUAGGGUUUGAAUCAUUCUCUUUCGGUCUGACAUCUAAUCUGUUUUUCAUGCUAACCUGUUCGAAUGAUACGAGUCAUUCUCUAACCAAAUGUAGGCAGAGUAUUGUAACUUGAGAAACUGUGCCACAUUCCAAUCAACUAUCUAUAUAUAGCAGCAGUAAAAAAUUUUACUAAAAGACUAAAGAGACAUGGCCUAGUAGUUUGCACUCGUCUUGUGUUAGCGAAGCAGGAGUAAAUCCCUUGGUCGAGCUUCACAAGAUCUCCACUAACAAGGGGCCUUCAAUUUACAGAAGCUCAGCCGAAAAGAUAAAAAGGCAGGUGGGGGGUACCAUUUGCAAUUUGAGAGUGAUCGCCCCCCAUUCCUCGUCGCAGUUGGGGAGGCAAUUACUCUGUUCAGUCUCCAUGCCUCUGGCUGUGGCAGGGAUGGCAAUUCUUCCGACCUAUGGCUGCCAGGCAGUUAGGCCAGCAAAUGCUUUUCUUCCAUUUCUCAAAUACUAACACUAAAAUUAAGGUGAGGGUCAAUAGAGAAAUUGGCAAUUUUUGGCCUCGGCCAAUCCUAACCGACAAGGGGAAAAAUAUUACUCUCAUGUAAACCUUUUAUAUCAAAUCAGCAUAAAUCAAAUUUUCCUGAUAGACAAUUUUUUUUUUUAUCAAACGUAGCUGUAAUUAACAUUUAAUGAAUUAUUAGUAGAUAUUUUGUUUGGGUAUGAACGACUCAAAUUUUGAUGUUGACUGUACACUUACCAAGAACAAAACUGAAGGGGAGAUUCUUAUAAUUAUACCAGAAAAUUUGCCUUAACCUUCAUCAAUCAACAGAGACACUACUAUUCUGUUGUUGCACCUCGCUGUACCCCUUCUCCUCUCCUCUCUUCCUUUUUGCCGAUUAAUAAUAAAAGAAUCUAACCAUUUUUAUAGAAUUCGAGUAAAUAGGAAAAGGUAUUGUUGCCAGACACGUUUCUAUUCCUUCCAAUCAUCCAUUCCAUCAAAUCGCACGCGAGAACAUGCCAUGGAACUAGCAAACGACAGCCUUCGCCAAAUGCCAACCCUGAAAUCCGAAUGAUUAAAAGAGCCGGUUAACGUAAGGUAGCGACAACAAAGCCACUGGCUGACAAAUAAAUUCCUGCCUUUAGGUUAUAAAAAAAA